AUGCCUGGAAUUCUGGAGCAAGUCAAGCUGAAUGGCAAUGUCCUUGGCGACGUCGAGGAUGGCGGCCCAGUCCAGCCCGCCGAACUGCCUGUCCUCAUUGUUGGCGGUGGCCCAACUGGUCUACUCUCGGCCUACAUGCUCUCCAAAUUUGGAAUCAAGUCCCUGCUCAUCGAGAAAUACCCUGAACGACUUGCCGCCCCGAAAGCGCAUGCCCUCUGUCCUCGAAGCCUCGAGAUAUGUCGCCAGUACGGCCUUGACACUAACACCAUGCGGAAGCUUGGUACCCCUCGAGAAGAUGCAAAUCAGGUCAACUUUGUCACCAACUUGAGCGGCGAACAUAUUGGGCUUCUUCCUUACGAGAGAAUGGACGCUGGAGUAUUGGAACAUACUCCAGAGAUGCUCCACAACAUUCCACAACCAGCAUUUGAGCAAUUCGUUGCCAAAGAACUUGAACAUGACCCCAACGUCGAGAUUCGAAAGAAUGUUGCCUAUAUCACAUCUCGGCAGGUUGACGAUCAAGUCAUAUCAACACUCGAGGAGCGUUCGACAAAGACUCGGUGGCAGGCUAAUCUUCGACCUGUUGUUGGUGAAAGGACUGGCCUGCUGCACUGGAUUACGGAUCCAGCAUGCCCUGGAUUCAUCAUUGCUUAUGAUCUUGAGGCCAACCAUGUGCUGAUCAGCAACUUCAAUUCCAAGAAGCACCCGGCAGAUACUUGGUCUCAAGAGCUCGCGCAGACAACUGUUGCUGCUGCCAUCGGCCAGAAGGUGCCGUUCGAGAUCCUGAGUUAUCGCCCAUGGCUCCUGAGCAGAAAGGUCGCGAAAAACUACAGACAAGGAAACACCUUCUUAGUCGGUGAUGCCGCUCAUUCAUUCCCUCCCACUGGUGGCCUGGGCCUCAACUCUGGCAUUGCUGACGCACACAACCUUGCUUACAAGAUUGCCGCGGUCCAUCAUGGCUGGGCUACCUCGUCGAUCCUGCAGACCUACGAAGACGAUAGAAGACAGAUUGCAUUGGUCAACUCGGCUCAAAGCGUCAAGAAUGGCAAGAAAAUCUUCUCGUUUCUCAAGACCCUGGGAACGGCCGGCAUUGAUGACGUAGAGGAAGCAAGACGGAAUCUCCACAAGUCAAUUCACGAUCCUGACAAGCAGGACAUGAUUGCAAGGGAAGUCGAAGGGCAGCGGGAACACUUUGAUAAUCUUGGCCUUCAUAUCGGUUAUGUUUAUGGGGACAAAGAGGCGCCACCGCACGCGUCCAAGUUCUCUCCCAAGUUUACCCCUGGCGGCCGGUUGCCCCACGCUUGGAUCAAGCCACGACUCGGUGCGGUGUCAUGCAAGAUGGCCCCUCUCGAUAUGUCUUACGUCAAGGAGUUCCAUCAACAUGGUAUCAAUUCCCGUCAGUUUUCGACGCUUGAUCUUGUAGAAUUUGACAGCUUCACUCUGAUAGUGUCAUCGCAUAAAACCUGGGCUCAAAGAGUUGACAAGCUGUACAAGUUGACCCAGUUGUCUGGGAUCAAUUUGCGGUUACGUUCAAUCGAUGAGGACUUUGACUUCGUCUAUGAGGAGCAAAGAAAGAUGUACAACGAUGGCUCAGGCAUCCUACACGGUUGCGGACUCCUUGUGAGGCCUGACCAGCACUUGCUUGGUCGUCUUGACGAGAAGGCAACAGCGGAGGAUUUGGCGUCGUUGAUUCUCGCACAUGUGGGAAAGUAG